UAUGGCAGCCUUGUGAAGAGAACAUGUGCUUGGCGUUUUUAAUUGCUGUAUUUUAUUAAAGAUUGAGACAUGUCAUAUCAAACAAGUCUAUGAAAGGUCAUAAUAUAAAACAGUCAUGGGCGAAUUUAGGGUACACAGAGUCCGAUUUUUUGAGUAUCAACCUAAGGCUAUUCAGUCCAUUGUAUAUGGAAAAGAAGUAAAUAAGGUUGCCUUAUCAAGGUCUGAUGGUUGUAUUGAAAUAUGGGAUGUAGCCAAUGACUGGUAUCAAGAAAAGAUUAUACCAGGAAGUGAAUCUAAGUCUAUAGAGACCUUGUGCUGGCAAGGAAAGAGACUGUACUCAGCAGGUCUGGAUGGAGAUGUGGUGGAAUAUGAUCUCAAGAAACUAGAACCCAAGGCCACAGCUUCAUCCAAUGCUGGCCCAGUUUGGUGUUUGACCACAGACUCAAAUGGAAAAUUUCUGGCUGCUGGUACAGAGGAGGGCUGCAUUGUUUUAUUUGACACAGAUUACAACUCUCUACAAUAUUACAGAUCUUUUGAUAAACAGGAAGGUCGAAUUUUAUCCAUUGCUUGGAACACCAGUCUAGAGGUGAUUUUGACUGGAGGGGUGGAUAAUAUGAGACUCUGGAGUGUGAAAUCUGGUCAUGCUGUUCAGAGAAUGACUCUAGGGAGGGUGGAGAAAAACAAGGAGACUAUUGUGUGGUGUGUGGCCAUCCUUAGUGAUAUGACUUUAGUCAGUGGAGACUCGAGAGGUAGAACUAUCUUCUGGAAUGGCAAACAAGGAACACAGAUAAAGAGUUUUCAAAAUCACCAAGCAGAUGUCUUGUGUUUAGCAGUUCAUGAGAAUGAAAAACAAGUAUUCUCCUCAGGAGUGGAUCCAAAAGUGGUGCAAUUUCAGUACACCACCACCAGUCAGGAGAGUGACUGGAAUAUGUGGGUCAGAACCUCCGUGUGGUAUCAACACACACACGACGUGAGGGCACUGGCCAUCACAGGGAGGGAUAUAGUGUCUGGGGGAGUAGAUACAAAUCUGCAGCUGAAUCGACUUGGGAAGGAGAAAAAUAAGCAAAAAAUCCGAGCUAUAACUAUGCAUCAGUUGGUGGGUGUGGCUAAAGACAGAAAUGCCCUCCUGCUACAGUAUCCUGAUUAUCUAGAGCUUUGGAGACUAGGAAACACUAGGAAAACUUCAGAUAAAGAUGGUGAAAUGCUUCCAGAGGAAGUUUCCCCUCAGAAACUAAUCCAGCUGAAAACUAAAGAUGGACAACAUAUCUCCUGUAGUGCAAUAAGUUCCAGGGCUAACUGGAUAUCAUACUCGGAUAUUGAUGGAGUCAAACUGUACAAAAUAGAGAUGGAUGACUCAGAGUCAAUCAGCCCUGCAGUCAGCAUGAAGAAGAUAAAGAAAUCCCUUCCCCCUUUCUCUGCCCAUCGCCUCGUUUUCACAGCUGAUGAAAAGUUUUUAGUUAUAGCCACAUCAUGUCAAAAAAUUGUAGUUAUCUCCCUGGAAGAAGAUUCAGUGUCUAUAUACCACAGCUGGGAGGAUUUCACAGAGGAGUCUAUUCAUCUACUAAGUGCGAGUCCAGACAGCAAGCUGGUGGCCGUGGCAGACCUGUCUUACAAAGUAUCUGUGAUAGGACUGGAGUCUAAAGAGGUUGUAUGCCAAUUACCCAGUUAUAGGUCAACAGUAACAGCUAUGACCUUUACGUCAGACAGUGGGAAAUUGAUCACAGCACAUGCAGACCAAAAGAUUUACGAGUUUGACAUCCAUAAAAGGGAAUAUAGUGACUGGUGCCGAGAAGUGUGUAACAGUUUCCCGGAUGCUUGGACGCGGCGGCACCAAAAGAUCUUCUGUAUAUCUACCUCACCACGUUACCCUGAUAAAAUAUUCUUUUGUGACCUGGACAAGUUUUUCAUCCUAGAUAAAACUCAGCCGUUCCCAGACAGAAAAACAAAACCUUUUGACCUGGUGGCUAGACCAAAUUCUUCAAAAGUGACAGCCUUUCAUGUCUGUACAAGAUUUCGUUACCUAAUUCAUAUGGACUUUGUCAAAGAUGAUUGGGUGGUCAUGGUGGAAAGGACUAAAUUAGCCAUGAUGGAAUCACUUCCAAUGGCUCUACAACAGAAAAAGUUUGGAACCUGAGGAGAGUUCAAAUAAUAAGUUAAUGAGUUGAGUUUCUAUCAGG